AUGGCACCUAUCUUAUCCAGUAAUUGGAAAAACCUACAAGCCGCAUUGAAGAAAAAUACAAAACCAGAAACGGAUGCCCAAAAAAGAAAAGCGGCAGAACCUUCAGAAAGAACGAAAGAUAGUAUCGCAAAGCGUAGAAGGCUGGAAGGAAACACAGCCAAAUCUCGACCAAUCGCUGACGCAAAGGGAGCAACAAAGAACAAGACGAUGGGUAUAAUGGGAAGCUCGACUGUUUUGGAAUCUUCAGAAGCAGAUACACCACUUCCAAAAACUGCACCUUCUUCUUUGGCUCUUUGGGCUGAAGAUAAUGAUAUCUCGGCGAAAGAUAUCGCGGAAGCAUAUGGAGGAAGUUUGAAAGAUGCGACAAUCCAAGGUGCUCGAGCGGAUAACAUCAAUGGAGGAUUCUCAGCAGAUGUCGAUAUAGGGAAAUACAUUGGUAUUGAUUGUGAAAUGGUAGGUGUGGGAGGUGACGAGGAUAAAUCAGUGUUGGCCCGAGUCAGUAUUGUCAAUUUCCACGGCAUACAACUAUACGAUUCAUUCGUGCGACCCAAGGAAUUUGUUACGGAUUGGAGAACCCAUGUGUCUGGGGUGUCGACGAAGAAUAUGGCGACUGCAAGGGAAUUCGACGACGUGCAGAAAGACGUUGCCGAAAUUUUAAAGGGGAGGAUAUUGGUGGGACAUGCGCUCAAGAAUGACUUGGAAGCAAUGAUGCUUAACCAUCCGAAGAGGGACAUCCGCGAUACGUCGAAGUUUUCAGCCUUUAGGAAAUAUAGUAAUGGGAGGACACCGAGUUUAAAAAAGUUGGCAAAGGAGAUAUUACGAGUGGAUAUUCAAGGGGGCGAACAUUCCAGUAUUGAGGAUGCAAGAGCAACCAUACUGUUGUUUAGAACACACAAAUCGGCUUUCGAUAUAGAGCAUGCAAAGCAUAAUCCUCCGACCUCGGGCGCAUCAUCGAAGUCUAAGCCAAAGAAGAAGAAGAAGGGGAAGCGUUAA